AUGUUCCGUGUUCUCAAGACACGAUCCCUAGCCCAUAAACAGCUCCCUCACCCCCUUCGCAGCCUCACCACCAUCCAUCCUCUCAACACACCCAAACCCACACCACCACCACAACCAAUCACCCAACCCACCUACCACCCCGAAGACAGCGUAGAGAACCUAGAAGGCUACACCCCCGGAGGCUACCACCCGACAUCCAUUAAUGACGAAUUCUGCCACGGAAGAUACAAAGUUAUCCACAAACUAGGAUACGGCUCCUACUCAACCAUCGUAACCGCAGAGACUACUAGUACAGAAAGAAGCCUCGAGUCGAGAAUAAUACAACAACUCCAAACUGGAGAUGAUAGUAACCACCCAGGCCGUAAAUACAUUCAUUCUUCCCUGCUCGAUGAGUUCUCCUUCGAUGGCCCAAACGGGCACCAUGUGUGUCUGGUCACCAAAGUCUCUGGCUGCAGUAUUGCUGCAGCGAAGGAGAAUAGUCCCAAUUUGAUGUUCCCCUUGGAUGUAGCUAAAGCUAUCGUUGCUCAGGUUGUCAUGGGAGUGAAUUAUAUGCUUUCCCUUGGGGUAGGGCAUGGAGAUUCCACACGCGCAAUAUCCUCUUCCAACCCACUACUAACUUCAACACCCUACGUACAAACGAUAUAUACGACCAUUUCGGCCCACCCUACCAUAUCCCCAUCUCACGAACCGACAACCACCCCAUCCAUCCAUCCACAUGCACCCACCCACGCCAUCAUCCCCAUGACCAUGAACAUGAGCCAACAACUCCCAACCAGCAACAUCAACAUCAAAAUAACCGACUUCGGCACAUCCUACCUCUUCACCCACGCCCCUCCCCCAGAAGCCCUACACACACCAACCAUCCUCCUGCCCCCGGAAGCCAUCUUCCAUGAUCCGAUAACUUCAGCCGCCGAUAUGUGGACACUAGGGUGUACAAUCUACGAUAUCCUCGGUGACCGACCACUACUCGAACCCUGGUCGGAUAGUCCAGAGGAUGUUAUCUGGGAGAUGGUGAGUAUGCUGGGUGGUGAGUUGCCGGAGAGAUGGAGGCAGAGAUCGGAUUUUGUGAGGUCCUUGAUGAGGGUGGUGGGGACUGGGGGGAGGUCUUUGGAUGAGAGACUGUGGGCGAUGGGGAGGGGGGAGAUGUCUUCGACUUGUGAGUUUCGGGAGUUGGAGAUGGAUUGUUUGAGGAGGUUGCUGGGCGGGAUGUUGGUUUAUGAGCCGGAGGGGAGGAUGUCGGCGCGGGAGGUUUUGGAGUCGGGGGUUAUGGUGGAGUGGGCGGGGAUGGUGUUGGGGUUGGGGAGGUAA